AUCCCCAAAGUGGUAGCUUUACAUAACAGGGCAAAAAAAGCUUACCUUUUGAUGCGUGAAGCAUGUAAUGUGUAAAGUGAAUUUUAGAAGAUUUUAUUCCAAGUUAUUUUAGAGCAUUUCUAACAUUUUCACACAACGUAAAUGACAGCUGCUGUGUUCAAAAGAAGUAGAGAAACAUAAACUGGAAAAAAAUGGAGACAGGGCCUACACGGUUUGUUUUUCUGAUUUCAGUUUCUGAAAUUAUUUCUAACAGGUCUAAUUGGACUGAUUCAGCUUUUUCUCACAAAGAAGAAAGUCUAAAUGAACUGAGAACAGGGUUUAAAUACAGCUCCAGAUGAGGAUACAUGGCAGACACAUGGCUCGGUUCAGUGUUCAGUGAUAUACAAGUGAGUGUGUUUGCACUCAGCCUGUGCGGCCCAUAGAGAGCAGUGUUAGCCAAAGUGAGGGCUCGUGAUGAUCAGCCCGUGCGCGCCCAGCUCCAGGAGAGCCAGACUCAGGGACAGCUGAGCCUCUCUGUUCAUGGCAUUUCAGAUGAGAGGUCCACGACGACGGACCCUGUCUCCCUCAGUUCACCAUAUGGUUCUGCUCCUGAAGUAUAAAGCUAGGCAGACUAGGUGAAGGAGAGUCCCGUUCGAGCAGGAUUGUCAGCUGUUCAGGCUUUCGUUCGGAGUUGGAGCGCUGCUGGAUGGAAGCUGCAGCUGAAGCGGCGGCUGGCCUGAGCGAGGCCGGGGAUGAGAGCCCGUUAUCCGGGGCAGCGGCUUCAGACGAGCCGGAGCCGGGUGUCGGUGACAGCUACGGACUGGAGCUAGGGGACGCGGAUGCUGCCAAGAAGGCCUUUAUCACAGAGAUGCCGUCAUCUUCAGGCCAGCCGGGCCUCGGAAAGAAGAUUGGGCACAGGGGAGUGGAUGCAUCUGGAGAGACGACUUACAAGAAGACCACAUCAUCAGCACUAAAAGGAGCCAUUCAGCUGGGCAUCGGCUACACGGUGGGCAACCUGAGCUCCAAGCCAGAGAGAGAUGUACUCAUGCAGGACUUCUAUGUGGUGGAAAGCAUCUUCUUCCCAAGCGAGGGGAGCAACCUGACGCCAGCCCACCACUUCCCAGACUUCCGUUUCAAGACAUACGCUCCCGUUGCCUUCCGUUACUUUAGGGAGCUCUUUGGGAUCCGACCCGAUGACUAUCUGUACUCGCUGUGUAACGAGCCUCUUAUCGAGCUCUCCAAUCCUGGGGCCAGUGGCUCUGUGUUCUACGUUACCAAGGACGACGAGUUCAUCAUCAAGACUGUCAUGCACAAGGAGGCUGAGUUUCUGCAGAAGCUUCUUCCUGGAUAUUACAUGAAUCUUAACCAGAACCCUCGCACCUUGCUGCCCAAGUUCUUCGGCCUGUACUGCGUGCAGUCUGGAGGAAAGAACAUCAGAGUGGUGGUGAUGAACAACAUCCUGCCCAGGGUGGUCCACAUGCACCUCAAAUAUGACCUCAAGGGCUCCACGUACAAGCGACGAGCAUCUAAGAAGGAGCGUGAGAAAGCCAAGCCUACUUUCAAAGACCUCGACUUCAUGCAGGACAUUCCGGAAGGCCUGAUGCUGGAUGCAGACACUUACAAUGCCCUGGUCAAGACUCUUCAGAGAGACUGUCUGGUGCUGGAAAGCUUUAAGAUCAUGGACUACAGCUUGCUGCUGGGGGUGCACAACCUGGACCAGGCAGAGCGUGAGCAGCAGGCGGACGGCUCCCAAGGCCGCAGCGAUGAAAAAAGGCCACUAGCCCAGAAGGCCCUUUACUCCACCGCACUGGAGUCGAUCCAGGGAGCCUCGGCCUGCGGAGAGGACAUCGACACGGAGGACACAAUGGGAGGAAUUCCAGCAGUGAACAGUAAAGGAGAGCGUCUGUUGCUGUACAUUGGAAUCAUUGACAUCCUGCAGUCUUACAGGUUAAUAAAGAAAUUAGAACACACAUGGAAAGCUCUCGUCCACGAUGGGGACACUGUGUCUGUUCACCGGCCCUCUUUCUAUGCAGACAGAUUCUUCAGAUUUAUGAGCAGCACAGUGUUCAGGAAGAGCACCUCCUUGAAGUCUUCUCCUUCUAAGAGGGGUCGUGGAAGUCUUGCAGUGCCCAAACACUCAGGGCCUGGAGCGGCCUGGUCAGCCAGCCAGCUGCCCUCUGAGAGAGAUGAGAACAUCUAUGAUCUGCGGGGAGCACGCAGCUUCCCCACGCUGGAGGACGAAGGGCGAUCAGACGUGCUCCCCUGCACGCCACCGUCAUUUGAGGAGGCCACCACAGCUUCUAUCGCCACAACACUCUCCUCCACCACCUCCCUCUCCAUCCCUGAGCGCUCUCCAUCCGACACCUCCGAGCACCCCCGCUACAGGAGGCACACCCAGACUAGCCAGGACGGAACGACUCAGGAGGAUGAUCAGCAGAUUAUUACGGUUGAGGUGGAGGUGAAGAGGCGUGAUAGCGAACCCAUGCUGACCGCACCGCAGCCCUCCCCAGAGGCCAGUGAAGCCUCAGAAGCCCCUGCUGAAGCUUCCUGUUCCUCAGUUCCCGCCAGCCCGAGGAUAGUGGUGGACUCAGACCGCACCAGCCAAGCCUCAGGCUGCCCCAGCCGCUCCUCUGUGGACGAGGACGAUGAUGUGCCAAUCACUGACAUUUACUUUUUCUCAGAUGGCAGCUAUUGUGUCUGUCAGCCUGUUAGACGCACCGGGACGCUAAAUUCAGGCCACAGUCAGCCGCCGGAGGAGAGGAGCUGGGUGUAUUCUCCUCUGCACUAUGUCACAGACUCUAAAACUCUGCCCCAAGGGGACGAGGAGAGCGACACAUAAUCAGCCCUCUGGAGCUGCUUGAGGACGACUCUGAAGACCCCUCAGGUCUCGCCAUGGCUUCCAACUCAACUCGACUGACCUUACUUCCUACCAACGUUCGCGCAGCUGGUGUCACCAGCUGUUAUAUUAGUCAGAUCCAAAAGCAGAAGCGAUGUGGAGCUGCGGUGUGAAGCUUAGCGCUGUAGGUACACGAUGUGUCAUUCUUCUGUCAUUCCGUCUACUGACAGCACCAGUAAUAACGGCAACAUUCAAAGUUAUUUAUCUGUAAAUCAUAAACACUGUUUUUUAUUUCCUUUUUUUUACUUUUUUAACGUGUGUUUUUUCUCUGAAUUCGAUACUGUGAACGUUUUCAUACGUAGAGAGCUGUACAGUUGGUGGUUUCGUGUGUGAUGUUAGUUUUGAGGAAUAUUGCUCUACAGAUGGGUACAUGCUUGACUGAAAACACACUACACUUGUUUGAAAACCCUAAGAACAGUUUCAGAGGCUUUCAAGCAGCAACUUUAACAUUAAUUGCAAUUAAUUUUUAACUUGUCAACAAUUUGACGAAUGUAUUGCAUUGCUGUCAUAUUGACCUUUUUAAUCUGCAUUCGCAUUCCUCAUCAUAUUUCAUCAUGAAUGAUACCAAUUGAUAAGUGAUCAUGACUGGAACACUAAAUUUUAAUGUUUGUUCACAGACAUACACUAAGAGCCCACAGUUUCCUGAGCUAUUUUCAUUACUGUGGCUUAGCAGUUAUAUUUACAGCUGAUGUUUGAAAACGCAGUGGUAUAUAAAUACGCUGUACACUCUCAGAAAAAGAGGUAAUAAACUGUACCUUCCGAGUUACAAACACUGUCACUGGGGUGGUACCAUCCAGGGUCUUCAGUACCAUUAAUUAGGAAACAUAUUUGCACCAUGUUCUGUUUCAGCUUGUAAGUUGCAUUGACUUCAUUUGACUCUAGAACUUUUAUUUUAUUUUUCUGUUCUAAAAAACACAGAAAAGUACACAUAUGGACUCUUCCUCUGGGAAAGUGAAUGUAAUAUACCUUUAAAACUCUUAAGUCAGGCCUUAAAGGGACAUUGUGGCCUAAAACUACAGUUUAAUAUGCUAUUUGUUGUGUUAUGCAGUACCUUGUAGCGCAGCAUUGCAUCCCUCAGCGUCAAUACCCAUCAUGCAUUUUACAAAUACAUCAAACAGCCUAGCCACUGAUCUGUGGACUAAUAAAUACAAUAAAGCUAGAGUUAGUGUGACUCGUCAGUUCUGUCUUUAUGCAGCACAAGAUGAUAUGUAGAUAUCCAGUUAGCUACCUUGCUAACUUUAACUUUUAGCUUGUUAUUCUCCUCAUCUGAGUCAUUUCUGUUGUUUGAGUAAUCCGUUCUCUAAACUGUAAAGAUGAUUUGAAGAUGGUUGCAAUAAGAGUUGAUGAUUGAAAGCAGCUGCAGUAAGAUAUUUAGCUUAGUAGCAGUAACUUUAUCUGGCUGAGUAAUGCAGUUGCCAGCUAGCAGUAAAAACAAACAUUUUUUUAAGUUUCUCCCACCUUCAAUGUACGUCACAAGGAGGUUUUACUAGUCUUUAAACUGUAAGAUCUCUUUCUAGAGGCUGCUGCAGCACCACUGGAUAAUGUUACUGGACAUAUUUACAAAAGAUGUAGCAAUGGUUGAUUUUUUUCAGUUUAGGUGGAGUGUCCCUUUAUAUACCAUCUUGUACCUUUGGUAUAUAUUUAAAUUGUUUGUACCUGUACAGUACCCUUUUUUUCUGACAGUGUACCCAAUCUGGGAUCAGUUUCACACCAUUUAAGGGAGCAAGCCUGUCGGAGGUUAAAGGCCAUAUGUUUAGAGCUGUAAACAUGCUUUUCUCUUAAGACUGUUCGAUCACAGCACUUUAUUUCACCAUAUCACAAUCAUUUGACCAUCAGGCAGGUUUUCCACAGGUUUCAGAUAUGGUCUGCAGGAGUGGCUUAAAGCAAAAGUUGAAAAAAAAAUUGUUCAAAUGUAUAUUUAUUUGUAUGUAUAGAAUAAUUUAUCUGUGUGUGUUUGUGUGAAAGAGUGAGUAUGAGGAUGUAUGAUUUAAAUUGUGAUAUUUGAUCAGUAUUAAAGAGCUGAUCAUUAUCAUAACGUGAAGUGGCCAUUUGCUCUUGGUUGCUGUUGUGUAUGAACACGAAUCUACAGCAGCAAUACACAGUGUUUGUAAAGGGUUGUACUGAUGUUGCUUUUUGGUUGCCUUAUUUAUCUACAAUUUUUCCACGUAAUCCCUUCCACCAUUCUGACACCAUAGUAGGCCUGGGCGAUAUAAUAGGGUAUCAGCAAUGAUUGACAACCCGAUGACAAUGCUUCAGAGGAGAUAAUUGCUGUAAUGGGAAAGAGAAGUGACAGUAAACUAGAGAGCACUGUUUUAAUUUUAAAAUGACAUUAAAUAAUAUAUGUACAUACAGUUUUUCUCCUUUUACUGUUAAAACAAAUAAAUUAUUAUGGAGCAUUAAUAAGCUGUGGGCUUUCAGAUGAUGCCUUUUUAAAGCUGCACUUUGAAAGUUUGGCAUAUUUGGGGAAUUGGCAACCCCACUGGUGGAGAUAUGUAACUGCACAAGAAUGUGUGGAAGAACAUUUCGUAACGUGGGUUGUGCUGUGGUCCACAUCCCUGUCGAUAUUUUAUAUUGGUUGUGUUUAUAAAAGGAGACAGACGGUAACACUGGAAAUUAUCUCAGAAUAAUGCUUAGCCUGGUAUAUCAAACAAUAGAGGAUGAACUCUGAAGCACAAAAAGACACUGUUAGCAAAGUAACAGCUAAUAUUAGCAAAUUAGCCAGCUAACGUUGGCUAUACAGCUAAAACAACUUCACAGUUACAAGUUUUCCAAACAGAGAACAAACUCUGAAGCAAAAAAGCGUCGUUAGCCAAGUAAUCAUCAUAUUUUAGUGAAUUUGCCAGCUAACAUUAGCUGUACAGCUAAAAUAACUUCACAGUUAUGCUUAAAAUGAAGCAGGAUGUGCUUUUUAGUUGAGUUUGAUUGACAAGUAUGUAAACAGCAGAAAGAUAGGUGAGAGGACAUGAAAGACCAAGACGAGUGAUUAGGAUUUAGAAACUGACUUCUAAAAAAGUGAUUGAAAACUGUUUUUUCACAUUCCAUUUGUUGUACAGCUCUGCAUGUUCAAAAACACCCAAAACAAGCUUUUCCUUGGCUGGUGACUGGAGAGGAGGGGUCCUCGGUGUUGAUUGGUCAGCUGUGAUGGUGCUCAGUGCGAAAGUUGGCGAUUUUUCAGAGUGAACAUGCUGUUUAAACUGACAAAGCACACUGCGCAGGCUAGAGGAGUGCUUUUCAGUCGCUUUAUAGAUUGCUUUAUAGAUGUCUGUGAAAAGAAGAGCACUUGACAGAGUUUAAAAAGGCGUCAUCUGUACUCCCCCUUAGGCAGUAAAUUUUCCACUGUCUCGGCUGGGGGUUUCCCAGAGUGCUACAUACCACCUGAGGUAGUAAUCCUAAGCGUUUUCCGUUCAGCUUAACUGUCUCAAAUGGUUUAAAUGACUUGUAAAAUUAUGAAAAUAUAGCACUUCACAGUUUCUCACAGGCAACAAUAUCUCUGAAGUCCACUGGGCCCCCCCGCUACAGCAACAAAAAAAAAAGCACGUAGAUGUGGAUUUGGAAUUCAAUCUCUUCUGCAUGUUUUCUACUCUGGAGCUUCACUAGCAAGGGGCUGCAUUAGCACACAACUGGAAAAGAACCCACACCAGAAGGAGCCCUUAAAUGUGUGCGUUUGCAGUAACAACUUUCAAAAUGAGAGCCAAUAAUUUUCAGAAAAUGCUUUGUUAAUUAGUAUUACAUAAUUCAAUAUGUGCUUUUCAUUAAAUAAAAUCCAUUAAAUCAGUUCAUUUAAAAAAAAACACAAACUAAAACUGAAUACAAAAUAGGUUCAAGCUGCAGCUACGUGUGCAUGUAUGUUUGCGAGGGCGGGAAGCAAUAUUAUCGAUAAUCCUUUUUUUUUUAUAUCGCUCAGGCCUACAGGAUAGCUAGCAGCUCACUAAUGGUUGUACCCCAGAGAGUGUGUACAUAGAAAUAUAAAUACGUAUAUGAAGAAAUAUUGACUAUAUUUUAUGUGAAUUGGGAAUAUGUGGGUUUUAUUUGAUUCACUGCCCCCUCCCCCCACAAGCUGCUUGCAAGACGUAAAACUGAAUGAACUGAACCAGAUUCUUCCAAGUGUGUGCAGCUGGUUUUGCAUUACGUUUUCUUUGUACCGUACAUGUGAACUCUGUCAGAGCAAUUUUACCGAACAUGCAAAUGUAUGAAUAGCAUCAUCUUAUGAAAGUUAAGCUGUGUUUGUGUAUGUGUGGUCAGAAGAAGAUGUGUCACACCCCCUACACCCCACUCCCGAGCCCACCCCUGUAGAGACGAAGCAUGUUGUAAUUGAAAACAAUGUAUCUAUAUACAUUCAUGGACAGCAUAUCCAUUUGUUUACAAAGGAAACUUAACAGAUGGAUGGAUUGUAUGUAGGUAUGUGGGUGUAUGUGUGUGUGUGUGUGUGUGUGUGUGUGUGUGUGUGUGUGUGUGUGUGUGUGAAUGUGUUUAUGCACACAUGUGAGAGUGGUCUCCUAAAGAUAAUAAAUAGAAAAUAUUGAAGCUCUUUA